UCGGGGAAAAUAAUCUGGGAAUCAAUGUUUUCAGCUCUGCUUCUAUCUAUCAAAACCCUCAUGAUUACUCUGUCUUCAUCUCCUGCCUGGGAAGAGCUUGAAACACUCUUACUCCAGAAUCUCUUGCAUCCCCACUUCUUGUGCUGGCAGAUAGUCAUGGAACUCUGGUGCUUCUGGGUUCGUCAUGCCACAGAGGAUAUGGUGGCCAAUAUGAUCGAUAAACUCUGUGUAUUCAUGAUAUCAAUGUCAACAUCAGAAGCGCCUCUUUGUCCUGAUUCCGUUCUCAGAAGAACUGCAAAGUCCAUCUGCUUUCUUCUCACUCACAGUCCCAAAUCUUCAACAGCUCGAGUCUACAAAAACAUCUCCACUGAGAGCAGAUCUGAAUCGGCACCAGAUGCAUAUCUAGCCUUGCUGUUAGAAGGCUUUCCGCUAAAUUUCCUUCCAGACAGAAUGAAAAGCGAUGCCAAAAAACAGAUCGUUGCAGAUUUCUUUCAUUUCAUUGAGAAUUUCAACGAAUCAAAUCCCUCCAGAUACUCUGUUCAGGGAGGUCCAGUUUUUGCCCUAUCUGCUUGCCUUGGGAUACUGAAGAUAAGCAUACCAGAGAUCGACUUCAGAACUCUGAAAUUUGUUGUUGCUCUCAUUCAAAAGCACAGAAUCUCCAAAGACGAAAUGACAAGGGAUCGUUACACUGACAUUCUCAGCGAAACACUAUCAAUCAUCUCAAGAAGCGAGCAGCUAUACACCUGCCAAGAGAUGGAUAAUGUCAUAACAGAGCUUCAAAGGCUUUUCAUUGCAGAAACUGAUAAUCAUCAUCGUCAUCAACAUCUCCAUAAAUUGAACCCAAGCCUUGCUCUCUUCUUGUCAGGACUUGGCACAUACGCGAUGUCUGGAACCGAAACCUGUCCAAAGAGCCGUGCGGUCUGGGAACUCUACCAUUUGCUUCUCAGGAAACGCCACUGGGCUUUGGUACACCACGCGGUUACUGCGUUUGGUUAUUUCUGCCCGCGUACUAGCUGUGCCCAGCUAUGGAGAUUCGUACCUGAAGACGCUGCUUUAGCUUUCGAUAUAGCUUCUGGAAAAGAAGCAAAAACAGAGCGGUUCAUGUCGGAACUAAAGAUGUUUUUGGACAAAGAACAAGCGCUUCUCUCGACCACGCCUUCACAAGAGGAACUCGAGAUGCUUUCGAAAGAAGGCACGCAGGUCAAAGCAACAGUGCAGAAGCUUCUAGAAGGAAGAAAGCAGCAGAGAUCAUUGGAAGUAGAGAAACAAUCGAACAAGAGAAGGAAACUUCCAGAAGGAAUAUGCAGAGGAGUGGAGUUAUUGCAGAAGGGAAUGAAGAGGAUCAACGAAGGUUUAAGUGAGAUGAGUUCAGAUGAGAGUCAAGACUUUCAAAAGAGUUUACUGAAUCAGUUUUCAUGUCUUGAAGAUUUGGUGUCUCAUUUGGUAAGCCUCGCUGCUUCCGAGUAAGAUAUAUACUUUGUUACUCCUGAAUACUGUUAGUCGAUACUUCGAUUGUGCACUAGCAAAAGGUGAUCAAACUAAAGAUGUGUUAAGAAAAAACAAAUCAAAUAUUAGCAAAUGGGCUGUCAGCAUUACAAAUUAUUAUGUUUUCAACCGAUAAUUCAGUUGUUAGAUUCUAAGUA